CUCGCGUUAUUGCUACCCUCAACAAUCCGUCAUGAGUUAUUCGUUCACUUCAUGAAAUUGCGAGUGAACUCAGAAGCUUCGGAUGAACUUGCAGAUUCACCACUUUCAGCUACCGGCUUCUCUAUCGCGCAAAGCGGCUCACCCCCGUUAUCUCGAUUGCCCCUGAAGGAGCAGCACUUCGAUGGAACCGCAGCCCUCACGUUUACGUCCUAAAAAGACCGACAUCGUUCGUAGGCGGACAGGAUGUCAGAAUUGCAAAAGCAAGCGAAGAAAGUGCGAUGAGACGCGCCCUGAGUGUGUCGCGUGUGUUCAAAGAGGGAUAAAGUGCAGCGGUUACCAACGCCCUGUCACCUUCAAGGAUGUCACCUCCCGAGCGGCAGAGUCAUCAAAGCGAUUUGAAGAGGCAAGAUGGAAUGCCCUUCGUCUCGAAGACGAUCGACGGAAGCGACGUCGUAUAGAACCACUCGAGGAACCUUCAUCCGCGUCCCAGAGUACAGACGGCAAUGUGACGGCAUUGCCACAAAGCACUCCUCCCUCAAAGGAGACCGUACCAGCACCUCUUCCCCUGUGGAGCCACACCAAUACCGAUGGCUGGAUCGGCGGCUCGUUCACGUUGCCGUGGGCGCUGUUCGAGACGUCCAGCGGCAUGGUCUCCAAUGCACUACUUCAAGAGGACCAAUCUCACGAGAGAGCAGUGACCUCAGAGGAGGAUUCGCCGGGCGAAGACCACAUAACCACAGCACCUCCCAAACCACUCAGCAGCCUGGUUGCUGUUUCAAGGGGAGAGCAACCUGAUCCACUGCUACCUACAGAAGCCCCGAGUCCGGCGUUGGCGCUCAUGUCUUGGGACGAGUUCAUUGUUCCCGACGGUUCAUCGCCUGGGUCAACAAGGUCAACCACAUCCCCAUCGUCUCCUCUGGGAGACCCAACAACCGAUUCCCGUCUUUCUCUGCCACUGGAGGAGGUGCUGAUCCAGCAUUUUGACCGGAACGUCGUUCCUUCUAUACCCGUGACUCUUGCUUUUCCGAACCUAUUCCGCCAAAGCGACUGCUUUCGAUUCGCUGUCCUUGCACUCGCCGCGAGCAACUUGAAGCUGUUGCAACCUCUUCCACUCAACGCAAAGCGUCUUCGAGAGGCUUUCGAUGACAAGAGUGUCUGGCUAUACUACGAAACGGCGGUCAAAGGGCUCCAAGCUCAGUUGCACAAUAUCGAUAACCAUCGCGGAGAGGAGCUGGCUGGCGCGGCUUUGCUCCUGGCUUAUCAUGAGCUCGAGGCUGGGACGGCCCUGGGUAUCCGAAAUCAUGCCACCGGCCUUGAUGCUAUUGCUUCCAAGUUAGACUUCGCCGCUUCCUCGGUGCCCGACCUCUUCAAGGCCUGGCGCAUGCUCCGAUACGACGUGCGGUUUAUGAUGACACCGACGAGAAGUACUUGCAACGCCGCAGACGGCUUCGACGUCGCAAGCCUACUCGACCCUCAACUUGCCAUCCGGGACAUUCUAUCAAGACUUUUCGGUCUGCAUGCCCGAUUUGCGAUGGAGGCAUCCUUCGCCCAAGACAACACUGUUGAGGGUGGCAGCGCUUCCGAAAAGGCCGCAAUAUGGCUAAUGUCUGUCCUCGGCAGAGCAUGCGACCACCGAAAUUUCCGCCUGCGCGACUUCCAUAAGGAUAAUCUGACGCCGGACUUCAUCCUUCGGCAGUGCGACAUCUUCGCCCACCGUCUGGACAACUGGUACAGGGCUUUAUGCGACCACGACAUGCCAACUGUGAGGCUGGGCAGCGAUUCGGACAUAGUCAGCGGCCCCACAUUCGAAACCUUUGUCACCUACAAGUUCGCCGACGAGCGCAAAGCCCAGGAGUACGUCAUCUAUCUCGUGUGUCGAAUGACAUGCAGCUACCUCCGCUCCGUAUUCAACCCUUCUGUGAAAUCGUCGGCGACAGACGCCUUGGGCAAGGUGAUUCUUGGCAUCGUUUGUGGUAUGAACAUGCAGCAGAGACAGCAGUUCACAGUUCUUCGGCUUGACCUGCUCCUGAAAAUGGCGGCGAGCCUGUCUGAAGGGACCAACUUCAUAACCACGGUACUCGACAGCAUCCUUCCGAGGGUUAUGUCGUUCGGCUUCACUGGGCCCGACAUGAUCGCUUGGACUUACCUCCGGUCGUCCCUGGAAUUUGAGUUGAGAGAGAGGAGGAAGGGGCGGGCUAUCAGAAUGACAAUUGACGGGUGGGAGGAAGACUGCGAGAUGUGGGAGCUGGUGAAUAGCCACGCCGUCGCCGCCUUCGGAGACUACAACGGGAAGGGAUAUUUCAGGGAUUGUUACGUCAUCAAGGGUUUGGGGUGAGCGUGCCCCGAGCUGGGUAAAUCAGAGUAUCUUGUUGGGUUUGCAGUCCUCUGUCAUGCUACCUUUUCUGCUCCAAGUCUUUCAGGGAGACUUGGGCAUGCUCCUUUUCUGCCCGACUUGGUCUGUCGUAGGUCCAAGAGCGACGCGAUUUAGCUACGAAUUGGGUAGACGCUCGAUGUCGUGAACUUCUCAUAUCUCGGCAUUUGCCAUUCGUCGGGAGCUGAGUCUCAAGUCUCGAACGUGAAGCUCUUGCAGAGUUGCCGGACGGUUCAUGUGCUCUUUCCCGUUAGUUCUGGCCCGUCACGGAAGAUCUCUCUCACUCGUCGAGUUUCUUCUUGCCGCCGAGGUUCCGCAGUAGACUUUUUGAAGUAUGUGAUAGAUGGCUAGCUGGCUGGCCGGUUGGCUUGGGUGAUGAUAGUUCUAGUGUUCUGUACUGUCAAAAAGCUAGGACAUUGUCUGG